GUCCAUUCUGCGUGCAGCCUCAAUUUGAAAACCCUUCAGAAGUUGCAAAGGGAUAUCACGAAAGAAGACUGCAACAAGGACGUUAAUUAAGGAGGGCCAGCACACCGACGAGAUGGACGGAGGCGCCGGCGAUCAGCUGCAGUGCAGCGCGGCGGUGGAGAGGCUGAACGCCGCGGGUCAGGCCAUCAAGCGCCAGGUCAUCAGGAAAGCCACUGUUCUCCUGGGUCGUAACGAGUUCCAGGAAAUAAUCAUUCGAAUAGAGGAUGGUAAAGUGCCUCAAAGCUACGUGCUGAAGGAGUUCAAGCUGUUCACCAAGUUUGUCAAGGAGGGGAAAUGCACUGUUCAACUGCUACCCGAAAACAUCCAGUUGCUCAUCUCCAACUGUCCCCCCGACCAACUGAACGUCUUCCUCAAGACCCUCAGUAUCAAACAUCAAGCAUGGCAGACCCUCAAACCCCUGACCUACCGGGAUAAACUGAAGGCGGCUCUGCCCCGCAGUUUUGAAACGAUCAGCCCUUUACAGCAGAGGGAUGUGCAGAAGGCCAACGAACUGAGGAGCAAGGCUACUUCCAAAGGCCUAGCAGACCGGACUAAUAACACGAUGAGGACUGUUCCUGGACAACAGGUCAAAAGACCAAGAAGUGACUGUGAUUUCAGCCCAAGUAAGGCAAACCCCAGCAAGAGGCCGGUGCUUUCUCUCCCGGCAGCUCGUAAGCUGAACAAAGAACAGGCCGCUGUCCUCACCGCUGUGCUCUCUGGAAAGAAUGUAUUCUUCACCGGAAGUGCAGGUACAGGAAAGUCUUUUCUCCUGAAGAGAAUCGUGGGCUCUCUGCCUCCAAAGAGCACCUACGCCACAGCCAGCACGGGGGUGGCUGCCUGCCACAUCGGAGGGACAACGCUGCACAGCUUUGCCGGGAUCGGCUCGGGCGCCGCCCCCCUGGAGCAGUGCAUCGAGCUGGCCCAGCGGCCCGGUGUGCUGCCGCACUGGACCCUGUGCCGCCACCUGGUCAUCGACGAGGUCUCCAUGGUGGACGCCCCGCUGUUUGACAAGCUGGAGGCCAUCGCCAGGUCUGUGCGGCGUUCAACGGAGCCGUUCGGAGGCAUCCAGCUCAUCAUGUGUGGGGACUUCCUCCAGCUGCCUCCCGUCUCCAAGGGGAAGGAAAAGGCAGCCUUCUGCUUCCAGGCCCGCAGCUGGAGGAAGGUGAUCCAGGUGAACAUGGAGCUGACGGAGGUGCGGCGACAGACGGACCAGUCGUUCAUCUCCCUCCUGCAGGCGGUGCGCGUGGGCAGGGUCACUGAAGAAAUUACCGCAAAGCUGAUGGAGAGUGCCUAUCACAAAAUAGAGAGGGACGGUAUCCUGGCAACCAGACUGUGUACGCACAAGGAUGACGUGGAGCUCACAAACGAGAACAAACUCAAGCAGUUACCAGGGUCAGAGCACGUGUUUGAGGCGCUGGACAGCGACCCCUCCCAGGUGAAGACCAUCGACGCCCAGAGCCCCGUCAGUAGAGCGCUGCAGCUCAAAGUGGGCGCCCAGGUCAUGCUCACCAGGAACCUGGAGGUGGAGCGCGGUCUGGUGAACGGAGCGAGGGGAGUGGUGCUGGGCUUUGAACCCGGCAAACAAGGUCUGCCCCGCGUGCGUUUCCUGUGUGGCGCCACGGAGGUGCUGAAACGCGAGCGCUGGAUGUUCAAGGUUGGGGGCGGGCUCUACGUUAGCCGCCAGCAGCUGCCACUCAAACUGGCCUGGGCCAUCUCCAUCCACAAGAGUCAGGGAAUGACGCUGGACUGCGUGGAGAUCUCCCUGGCUCGUGUGUUCGAGUGCGGCCAGGCGUACGUGGCCCUCUCCCGAGCAAAGACCCUGGAGGGGCUCAGGGUCAUGGACUUUGACCCCCGGGUGGUCCGGGCCGACCCUGACGUCCUCCUCUUCUACAAGCAGCUGAGGAAGGAGAGGCUGCUGAUGCAGGCCUCCAUGGAUGAAUUUGUCGGCAGAAAGAAAAAGGAUAACCACUUGCGGUAGUCCCUUGACUUCCUCCCGUGAUGGCCUGUGCACUAUGUUUACUUUAGAUUUCGGCCCUGUCCGUAAUGCAUCAUGUUAUGUCCCGAUUGUAACCACGAAAUCAAUCGGAGCGCUCUCCGGACAGUCGACUGAAUUAUCAACGGGUAAUUUGAGUUAUACCUCCCCCUAGUGCCAAAAGUGAAACACAACAUUUUAUUUAUUUUUAUAUUCAUUUUUAUUUAUAACUGUAUGGAGAAUGUUUUGCAGAAAUAAAGUGUUAUUUUAAUGA